AUAAAUUAACAUAAUUAUUCCGCCCUGAGUUUGAAAUUCAGCCAAUCACAGGCCAGUUUUUUUCAAAGUGUGACGUCAUCUGUCACUCAAAUUUGUCUGGUUGAUGAAGUCAACAAGAGCCGCGUGAUCUCUCGUUCGCGAGUAGUGUAACUCAAUUUGCGUGAGCGUUUUUGCUAUUUUAACCCAAAAUGGAUGGUCUUAGAGAGCAAGUUAUGAUUAACCAGUUUGUUUUAGCUGCUGGCUGUGCCGCUGAUACUGCAAGACAGUUAUUACAGAAGGCGCAUUGGCAGUUUGAGACGGCGUUAAGUAUAUUCUUUCAGGGAGACGCUCUUCCUGGCUAUCACCAUAAUCCACACCACCAAAAUGGCCACGCGCUUUGUACACCUGCAAAUACACCAGCAACACCGCCAAACUUUCCAGAUGCCCUGACGGCCUUUUCAAAGAUGUCAACAUCAGAAAAAGUGCUCGGCAGUUCGCCAAAAAUGUCGUCGUCACCCGUCGAAGUAGAAGCGCAAAGAUAAACAAAUAUGGCGUCCAGUAAGGACUCGUUACUAGAGCUGUUACAAAACGCAUUUUAAAUGCAUUGAACAUUGCAAAAUAAUAAAUAUUGGAUACGGACCAUUGAAUAAUGCGUUAUAGUGACUUGGCUCGGAUAUGUAUUGGUUUUGGAUUGUUCCAGAAGUAGGAUGCAAUAAUUGCUGGAAGAAGAUAUUAUGUGUGUUGCUGUCUUAGUCUGGUUUACAUGUAAAUGACUGUGUUCGAGAACUGGACGUCGUCUGGCGAUUUCUGUGAAAGAAAAAUAGGACAUUGAACAUUUUACUUGUUGUGUUAAAUGUAGGAGUCAAAGUUUGCCUUCGAUUUGUUUCAUACGUUAUACAAUAUAUUAAUUAUCGAGUAAAUCAUGAAGUCAUUUACACGUAGCACACAAGUUACAAAAUGAGAGAAGCAGUCUUCAUAUAUUUGCAUUCUCAGGUUCUCCAUUGUACUUGUGUGUGUAUGACAGGGCGAGUUUGUUUGAAAGUAACUAUAUUAGGGUGAUGUAAGUUGCAAAAUGACUGAUUUAGAAUAAUCAGUGUACAUUUAGUCAAGCAUCAAAUCAACAUUUCUGUUUUUCACCAAUCUAGUAUGUGAGCAUAAAACACGUAUGUAGGUGUUUCACAUUUUGUACAGUGCAGUUUAUUAGAGAGUGAAUUUUGUUGACAAUUACUGACUUUAACACAUCCUUAAAGUGCUAUUUUUUUCAUCGUAUCAUAUAGGUGUCUAAUAUGUAAAAAAGACUUAAGAGUUAUAUUUUAUGUUCUGUAACUACACUGCUGACAGUAGAAAUUAAAAAACAUAUAUUCUGCACACAUACAUUUUUUUAAUAACUUGUGUGCAUAUUAAAUAUAUCGCCCAUGAUUUAUGCAUGGAAAUUGUAAUGUACAUAUAUUCAGAGUGUAGUAGGCAGGCUUAGUGUACAUUUUGUUUUUGUUUUAUAUUGCAAUUUGAAGAGUCAUUAUGGCAAGGGCAUAUAGUUUCAGGUUUGAAGUAUAAUAACAAAGUGUUAAAAAAA